AUGCCGAAGCCCGUCAAAAGCAAGACGACCGGUAAGCACAUUGGGUAUGGUAAAGUGAUUCUUUUUGGCGAGCAUUUUGUCGUGUACGGUGCCGAGGCGAUUGUUGCUGGGAUCAGGGAGUAUACCGAAUGUCGCUUGGAGGUGACCCCCGGCGUCCCCGGUCUGCAGGUAAACGACCAGCGCCCUGCGAUUCCCGAUUACAUUACGCAGAAGCGCGGCGAGCAGAAGAAGGCGCAUCAGCUCGUUCUCGAUCACCUGCAAGUGGACCUGUCCCGAGAUGGGCUGAAGAUGUUUAUCGGCGGACCGCUGGUACCGAGCAGUGGCAUCGGUGCCUCCGCCAGCGACGUUGUCGCCUUCUCACGAGCCUUGAGUGAGUUAUACCAGCUGAACUUGACGGAGGAACAAGUGAAUCAGAGCGCUUUUGUCGGCGAGGGCGGCUACCACGGCACACCUAGUGGGGUGGAUAACACGGCUGCCACGUUUGGUGGACUCAUUUCGUACCGCCGCCAUAGCGGCAAAUCUAUCAUGAAGUCCAUUGCAUUUCAACAGUGUCUCUACCUAGUCGUUGUGGGCACCGGCAUCACUGCUAGCACCACGGCUGUCGUAAGUGACGUGCGCAAGAUGAAGGAGAGGCAACCAGAACAGUUCCAGCGACUAUGUGACAACUACACUCACAUUGUCUCUCAGGCUCGCGAGGCUUUGCAGAAGGGCGAUCUCCUGCGUGUGGGUCAGCUGAUGAAUGCCAAUCAUGAUUUGUGCCGAAAAAUUGGUGUGUCAUGUCGUGAGUUGGAGUCGAUUGUACAAACGUGCCGCGCCUAUGGCGCUCUCGGUGCGAAACUGUCCGGCACCGGCCGUGGUGGCAUCGCCGUGGCCUUGGCGGCAUCAAGGGACCAGCGUGAUGCUAUCGUCAAAGGCCUCAAAGCGGAGUGCCCCGAAGCAAAGUUCAUCUGGAAAUACGUAGUGCAGCCUUCUGCUACAGCUAACCUGUAG